AUGGAUCCUUUUGAAGCUAGAGCUCACUUUGGAAAGCAACUUGCUACUUUAACAGCAUCAAAGCUUGCAGCCCAAAAUCUUGCAAAGUUCUUAAUUCACUAUGCUAGUAUUCAAGAUGACUUAUUCCCUGCAGUACUUGAAACGAUCAUGAAAGUCGAUUUGAAUACUCGUAUAAGUAUUUUGCAGUUUCUCGAGGAACUUAUUAUGAUGGUAAUAGCUGAUCCCAGCAGAUUUCCGAUAGGUUCUCCGGCUUAUAGAUACGUUGAGCUUAUCGUGAAAGCUCUUCCAAAACUUUUAGCAGAGGUGAUCCCGCAGAAACCAAAGGCUGGAUGUGACGAAAGGGAAUUACAGAAAAUAAGGUGUCUUACGAAUUUGCCGGCAUCUUAUUCCAUUAUGGUUGAGAUCAGCAAAGUUUUAAAGUUUCCAGCACUUUCCGAAUACACAGAUAAAUAUGGAACAGCUCUUCUUACACAAAAUGAUGUCCGAAAUAUUAAAAAUGAUAUCCAAUUUGAUGAUAGUUCUUUGUAUAAAUUUGUUCCAGAUGAAAUGGAUGAUGCAGAGAAAAAUGAAAAUGCCGUUUAUCCACUUCUUCACCCCGAGGAAAUCUUUAUUAAGCCAUUGACCCAAGCAUGGAAUUUUAUUAUUGGAAAGAAGCGUCAAUCCCAGUAUGAGAGGAUUAUGAUCGAUACAUGUUCCAGUCAUCUUGAAUCUUCUAAUGUCGAACAUAGAGAUUAUAAUGCUCCGGGUACAAAGAGUAUUCCCAAUUCUCCGUCCCAAUCUUCAAGCCCAACGCAUAGUCCUCUUUUACUAACACAGAGACAGAUGCUUCGUCGAAUAGAAGCGGACCGAGAGAGACAGAAAAAGGGUAAGGAGUUUCUCUGGCACGUCAAGCGACCUGAUAAUAAAAUACAUAAACCUGAAUUUCGUCACAUAUGGAAUAGUCUAGGGCAGUUUGACCCUAAAGGUGAUCGACUACUCAUGGAUGAGCUUAAUGCCCUUUAUAAUGUAUGUAAAGGUGGAAAAUCGAAACAGCACCCUUUUCCGUCAAAAGCUCACUCUCUCAAUGGCCAUAUGAGGGGUCAUCCUCCACAAAGAAGAGGUCGUGCGGGCUUUGGUCUUAAAAAGCGAUAA